GGAGCCCCAACCCCGCCCUCCUAUUUUCUCUUAUAGAAACGACCCCCUUCUCUACGCUCCGUCGCUUGCUCUCUCUCUCUCUCACUAUUUCCCCGAACCGUCCUUCCCCGAGCGCUGAGCUGCCGAUACCUUUCCGAGAUCGUCCACUUCGCCUCGCCUUCGCGCCGUCCCCCGACGCCACAAAUCUCUCUCAGGUUUUGCCAUUAUUUGGAGGUUUUGGGCUAUCGGUAUCUAGAAAACGAGAGGAAUAGCUGUAUGAACGAUGAAAGGAAUCACCUUGGCGAAGAACACAUGGAACAAGAAUCCGGUUUUUGUGGUUAUCUGGAUGUUACUGACGUGGUAGGCUUGGGAACCACAGAGCCGGCCUAUUUGGAACCUAUCUCGGACAACCUGAAGAUGGGUGAUGAGGUGGAGGAGCAGAAAAGAAAAUCAUUGCCUUCGGUAGGGAUGGGACGCGGAUCAGAUGACGAUGAGCGUCCUAUUGGAUCGCUGUUCAAGGUGAAGAAGCCACGGGCUGGGAAGAAGGGGAAGCCUCUGGUUGCAGAAGCUAGGGCAGAAAACCCUAGGGAUGAGAAGGGAGAUUCUGAUGGGUUUUAUGAUACAUUGGCUAGUUUUAAGAAGAAGCUGAAGCGCCCGAAGAGGGCUAAAGGUGCCUGUGAUGCCGGAUCUGGGGUUGAAAAAGUUUCUUCCUCUUCGGGUGGGGUGAAAGUGCCUGCCCGAAUGGAGGAUUCAGGUUUAGAUGCGCCAUUGGAGGAUGCAGGGAAAUCUGGAAGAAAAAUACCUGAGAGUGACUCGGAAAAGAAAAAUGAGAAAAAAGGAAUUUCGGUGUCUCAUGAGAGUUCCGGCCAUUCUUCAGAUGUCAGCCUGGAAGAUUCAGUUUCAGCUUUGGUCAACAAAGCUCAUUCGUGUUCAGUACAGAGAACUCGUUUGGUUUCUAAGAAGAGGAAGGAGAUAGAAAUAAAUACAAGUACUGAAAAUGAGUUGAAGCAAAGUGCUAAUAAGGUCUCAGCUGAUUCGAGUUCACCGGUGGUUGAGGCAGCCCCUUCAUUGGAUGGGAGGUUAAGUUCACCUGCUGAUGGAGCUCGACAAGGUCUUUUUGCCAGACGGCGGGGUAGAAAACCUCAUGGUGCUCCUGUUACGGAUAUGAUGGAAGUUAGUAUUGCAGUUGUUGAGGGUAUGGAUCAGACUUCUAAUGACGAAAUGUUGGAAGAAAAAAUGCCUGUUGUUGUUGGGAAAACCCGCACUUCGAUUCGUAAAGGGCGGGCGGGAACUCAGAAACCCCUUGAGUCAAGACGCAGUUCCAGUAGAACUGUGAAAGAAUCACUUCCUGUUCAGGAAUCUUCUUCUUUCUUCCAUCCGAAAGUUAGAGUAGAAAGUACGAGGCAUGAUGCUGAAGGUUUUGAUAGAUCUGCUGAAAAGGAUUUAGAUAGUUCAGAACCUUCUCUACUUCAGUCAUUGAAUUCUGAUUCUGUUCUGGAAACUAAAAAGACAAGGCCUGCGGCAACCGAAGAGGAUGGAUUGGGUAGAUUUAUAAGGCAUAGUGGUAAAUUGAUUCAAAAUUCUCAUGAAACCUCCGAUGAUAUCUUGCCUCACCAGGUAAAAGAGAAGAUGUUGGAGGAUAGCUCGAACCAAUUCUCCACAGGGAAUGUGAGUCACUUGAUGCAUAAGGUUGCUGAAUUAUCAGCUUCUGACCCGAUAUCAACAUGGACAGGUAAUGUUGUUGAAUUUAGACCAUGUUCUCAAAAAGUUACUGGCACAAGCCCCUCACAGUCUAAGGAUGUAACAUUUGAUAGCACUCAUCUGCUAGUUCAAGAUUCACCUACUGUGCAAGCAGUCAAGAUGUCAGAGGAAUGUGCAGAAUCUGGCAAUGCAUUAAAUCAAAUAAUUGGUGGUGCUUCUAGAGAAAACCCUUUGAUGCAAAUACAGAGGAAGGAAAUUGUUGAGUCUUUAGAUAAUGAUCCCACUGAUGAUCUAUGUGAAGAAACAAUGAGCAAGGAUACUGUCAUGAGAACUGAUGGUCUAAAUCUACCUUCCAAGGAAGCAUUUGGAAAACCAUCUCCUCACACUGAAAGGGUAUCUUCUGUUUUAAGAAGCAAGCAAUUGGCAGACGCUGACAACUCUGAUGUUCUGUUAGGUCCAUGCUCUGAAAAUCUGAAGGAAUCUUUGCGGAACUCUCUAGAUGAGAACACUGAGUCUUCUACACCAGAAAAGAUGGAUGUUGAUCCUAAUGAUGGGAUCAAGGAAGAAUAUGAUAGUCUCUCAUAUGGUGUGUCCUUGUUAGAUGGUGACAAAAAGGCACAAGAUAUUCACAAAUAUGGUGAUGAUUUAGACCCACCAAGAGAUGUUCCCCUAUCUGUUAAGUCACAACCAUUGCCAGUCACCAUGCAACUAGAAGAAAAGUUGGAACCUGGUGAUGGAUUACCAUCUUCCAAUGUAAGUAUUUCGGUUUUGUCUUCACAAGGAGGUAAACAACCAGCUCUUUCAUCUGCCAUCGACUGCAAGGAUUUACCUGCUACUGGUGAAUCCUUGCACCAAUUUGUUGAAGAUAACUUGUUGGAAGAUUUAGAUGAUGCCCCCAAAGAGCCAUCUUCUGCAAGAAGUCAAUAUCUUCUUGUCACCAAGGACAGCAGUGCUGCCUUUUCUCGGACCAAUUUAUUGGAUCUCAAAGAAACUUAUCAAGUUGGUGCAGCUGUCAUAUCAGAUCAUGACAAUGCAGAUAAUCAGUUGGGGGUGCCCCGGGUGAUGCGACAUAUAAAAAGGCGCAGGCAUGGUGAUAUGGCAUAUGAGGGAGAUGUUGACUGGGAAGUUCUGAUGCAUGAGCAAGGAUUAUUUACAAAUACUUCUACAGAUGAUGGAAACCGAUCUGUCAGAGCAAGAGAGAAAUCUGAUUCCCAUUCAAAUAUACUUGAGGAGGUAGGUAAUUCUCGUACAGCAGCAGUAGCAGCUGGGCUGAAAGCUCGUGCUGUGACUCCAAUUGAAAAGAUCAAAUUUAAGGAUGUCUUAAAACGCAAAGGUGGUCUCCAGGAAUAUCUGGAUUGCAGGAAUUUAAUUCUAGGUCGCUGGAGUAAAGAUGUGAAGCACAUAUUGCCUCUUGUAGAUUGUGGUGUAUCUGAUACUCCUUCAGAAGAUGAAUCGCCACGUGAUUCUCUCAUCCGUGAAAUCUACAUGUUUCUGGACCGCAAUGGUUAUAUAAAUGCAGGAAUUGCAUCAGAAAAGGAGACAUCAGAUCUGCCCGGUUUGCAUCAUUCUGAAGUUCCAAAGAAAUUAAAACCUAAGAAAACUUAUGGGGUAAAGACAACUGGUUCUGAGCUUGAAGUUCCCUUGGUUCAAAGUUAUUUUAAGGUUUCUGAAAAUGCUGAGAUGAUGGAGAAUGACAUGCCCUUUCUAGUUCAAAACACAAAAUUGAAGCUUGAUUCAGAAGUCCAUGAAAAUAAUAAUCUCCAUUCAUCUGGUUCUGGAUCAGAAUUGUCCUCUCUGGUGAAAUUGAAUGAACAGACAGUUGGCUGCAUGGAACUAAAUGUGCAGUCUGCAUGUAGAAGAUGUGAAACAGAAACAUUCAACAGUGUUAAGUUUGGAAAUAAUAUGUGCACAGAUUGGGACUGCAAUCCAAGGAGUGGGUACAGCAAUGUCAUACCAGAUGACCAAGAGAUUCAGCCAAAUGAUCCACAAGCAAAACCACAUGGUUGUCCAAUUUGUGUUUCAUCUUCUAAGAUCAUUGGUCAUGAGCCAAAUCCUGAUGUUUCUCUGAAGCAGAUAGAGGAUUUCUGUGAUAUGCACCAAUCUGUAGAAAGUAAAAGAGAAAAUAUUGCAUAUAUUGAAAAUAGGGUGGCCCAGUCUACACUGCGAUCUUUCGAGGUGGAUAAUGGUUCCGAAUCUGAUUUAAAAGUUUCAAAGAGAAUUAUUAUUGUCGGAGCUGGUCCCGCUGGCUUAACUGCAGCACGACAUCUUCAACGCCAAGGCUUUUCUGUCACUGUUCUGGAGGCUCGUGAUAGAAUAGGAGGUCGUGUGUAUACAGACCGCAAAUCACUUUCAGUUCCUGUUGAUCUUGGUGCCAGCAUUAUCACUGGUGUAGAGGCUGAUGUUGCAACUGAAAGAAGGCCAGACCCCUCCUCUCUCAUCUGUAAGCAGUUAGGACUUGAAUUAACUGUUUUGAACAGUGAUUGCCCUCUUUAUGAUAUAGUGACAGGUCAUAAAGUUCCUGCUGAAUUGGAUGAUGCUCUGGAAGCUGAAUAUAAUAGUCUCCUUGAUGACAUGGUAGUACUUGUUGCACAAAAUGGUGAGGGUGCAAUGAGGAUGUCACUUGAGGAUGGACUAGAAUAUGCUCUUAGAAGGCGUCGAACAGCUCAGUUGACAUCAGCUGCUUUAGACUUUGAUCAAGUUAAGAUGGACUGCAACUCUGGAAUGAUAAAUACUGUUACAAAUGCUUCCAUGGCUACUGAAAUGACAAAUGCCGAGGACAGUCUUACAACAGACAUAUUGAGUCCACUUGAGAGAAGAGUGAUGGAUUGGCACUUUGCAAAUCUGGAGUAUGGUUGUGCUGCCUUGCUUAAGGAGGUAUCUCUUCCCUACUGGAACCAGGAUGAUGUUUAUGGAGGAUUUGGAGGGGCUCACUGUAUGAUUAAAGGGGGUUACAGCACUAUUAUAGAAAGUCUAGGUAAGGGACUUGAUAUUCACUUAAACCAAAUCGUUACUGAAGUCGUCUAUGACAUGAAGGACUCAGGCGAAGUUGGGCAACAGCAAAAUAAAGUGAAAGUAAGUACAUCCAAUGGUGGUGAGUUUGUGGGAGAUGCUGUCUUGAUCACCGUGCCACUUGGUUGUCUGAAGGCAGAUAGCAUUAAGUUCUCUCCUCCCUUACCAGAGUGGAAGAAAUCCUCUAUCCAGAGGCUUGGGUUUGGUGUGCUGAACAAAGUAGUGUUAGAGUUCCCUAAAGUAUUUUGGGAUGAUACUGUAGAUUACUUUGGGGCUACUGCAGAAGAAACAAGUCGAAGGGGCCAAUGUUUUAUGUUUUGGAAUGUCAGGAAAACUGUUGGGGCUCCUGUUCUUAUAGCACUUGUGGUUGGGAAGGCAGCUAUAGAUGGACAAUGUAUGAACACCUCUGAUCAUGUAAAUCAUGCUUUGAUGGUUCUUCGUAAACUUUUUGGCAAAGCUACUGUACCAGAUCCUGUAGCAGCCGUUGUGACAAACUGGGGUAUGGAUCCUUUCACCAGGGGUGCCUAUUCCUAUGUUGCUAUAGGUGCCUCUGGGGAGGACUACGAUAUUUUGGGGAGGCCUGUUUCAAACUGUUUAUUUUUCUCGGGUGAAGCAACCUGCAAAGAGCACCCAGAUACUGUUGGUGGUGCAAUGAUGAGUGGUCUUCGAGAAGCAGUUCGUAUUAUUGACAUCUUCACUACUGGCAAGGAUUAUGUGGCAGAGGUUGACGCAAUGGAACCUGUACAACAACAGGCAGAUAGUGAAAGAAAUGAAGUGAGAGACAUGUCAAAGAGACUUGAUGCAUGCAAACUUUCCAAUGUUCUUUGCAAGAACUCAGAUGGCAUGCAUGCAUUGCCCACAAAGGAAAGCUUACUGCAAGAUAUGUUCUCUAGUGCAAAGACUACUUCUGGACGAUUACAUCUGGCUAAAGAAUUGUUUCGCCUUCCUGUUGAAACUCUCAAGUCCUUUGCUGGGACCAAGGAGGGACUUAGCAUACUCAACACUUGGAUCCUUGAUUCAUUGGGCAAAAAUGCUACUCAGCUCUUGCGUCAUUGUGUCCGUCUGCUUGUCCUUGUGUCGACAGAUCUCCUGGCUGUUCGUUUGUCUGGGAUUGGAAGGACUGUAAAGGAGAAGGUCUGUGUUCAUACUAGUCGAGAUAUCCGUGCUAUAGCAAGUCAGCUGGUCAGUGUGUGGAUUGAAGUUUUCCGUAAGGAAAAGGCCACAAAUGGUGGGCUGAAACUAUUGAGGCAAACAACAACAUCAGAAUCAUCCAAGGUCAGAUCUAAAGAACUGAUGUCAGGAAAGCCACCUUUACGUAUGGCUAAUGAAGCAUUGGAUAGUAAAGGCAAUUUGCAGGUUCCUUCAUCUGCUAGAACACAUUCACCUUCCACACCAAAUAAUAAGAAAUUCGAUGGCAGGAUAGCCAAGUUAGAACCCAUAAUGGACACAAAUUCUGAGGUUAACUCGUCAUGCUCUCAGCGAGUGAUACAGGAAUCUAAGUUGGAGGGUAAUGUGGUAAUGUCUGAAGAAGAGGCUGCAGCUUUUGCUGCUGCUGAAGCUGCACGUUCUGCUGCUCUUAAAGCUGCUGAGGCAUUUGCAUCUUCAGAAGCAGAGGUUAGUGCAUUGCGCGAGCUUCCAAAGAUACCAUCAUUUCAUAAAUUUGCAAGACGUGAACAGUAUGCACAGAUGGAAGAAUCUGACAUAAGAAAGAAAUGGUCUGGUGGCAUUCUUGGAAGGCAAGAUUGUGUAGCUGAAAUAGACUCAAGAAACUGCAGGGUCAGAAAUUGGUCUGUUGAUUUUACUGCCACCUGUGCCAAUCUCGACAAUUCAAAAUUGUCUGGUGAUAACUAUACACAAAGGAGUUAUUCAAAUGAAAUGGCAUGCCCUUCAAAUCUAAGAGAACAUUCUGGAGAAAGUGGAGCAAUAGAUAGUAGAUGGACAAAGGCAUGGGUUGAUACAGAUACAGCUGGUAGUGUGGGUGUCAAGGAUUCGCUUGCCAUUGAGAGGUGGCAGUCUCAAGCAAUGGAUGCAGAUGCUGAUUUUUAUAACCAGAUGCACAUAAAGGAUGAGGAAGAUUCAAAUAAAAUGUCAACUGUAUCCAGUUUAAGGCACCAAAGGCAUAUUGGAGGAAGUACUGCCUCACAAGUUGCAGACAACAGAUCAUCGUUAGAUGGUCAACCUAGAGGAAUAGACCAUAUUAAACAAGGUGUGGUGGACUAUGUGGCAUCAUUACUCAUGCCCUUAUAUAAAACUAGGAAGAUUGACAGAGAAGGAUAUAAGUCUAUAAUGAAGAAAACUGCUACCAAGGUAAUGGAACAAUGUACAGAAGCAGAAAAGGGGAUGGCAGUUUAUGAGUUUCUCGAUUCUAAGCGGAAGCAUAAGAUUCGAUCUUUUGUGGACAAGUUGAUUGAAAGGCACAUGGCAAUGAAUCAAAAAGCACAGUCCUGAUGCUUUCAAGGAUUGCCUUUGAAGCAAAUCAUUUGCAAGUGAUGCCUGUUAUUUAUAAAUUGCAUCCUGAGUGAGGAAUCAAAAUGGCCUAUCAGUUUGUUCUACAGUGGUAGAUGGAAUCAGAAGAAUGCUUGCCAAUCAAUUUCAUCUGUUUUAAUUUUCGUGCAGAACACUCAAGUUGUCAAUGCUGGGACACACUCUAGGAUAUGGCACAAGCAUCUAGUUGAAAGUUGUCAAAUAUGGAGCAAAUCUAUGGACCACCAACAUUCUAAAUUCUUGGAAAAAUUGAUUUUCUUUCAUGUGCUUCUUGGUUCACAAUGAUGCUUAAGAGGAAAGAGAAUCGAGUUUAAGUUGGAACUUCAGUGACCAAUUGGUUUUUGGUGCUGGGCUUGAAGCAACAGAUUUUUGAAUGAGCACUGGUGGUAUUAUCGGAGGAUCAAUUGGAUUCAGGUGCAGUUGUUCCAUUGAGUACCAUCUGGAGCUUGUAUUCUUUAGAUUACAAAUUAACCCUAUUCUUUGUUCAAGGGAUCCCAUACAUGAGACCAGAUCUUUUUCCUCUUUGUUGAUCUUUGUACAGUUUUGGGUUGUUUCUAAAACUGACAACUUACAUAACCUGUUCAUCCUUCUCCUGAAGUAGUGUGUUCGUUGAUCUAGUUUUGUAUUCAAAAAGUAGUUCCUUGCAACUUUUAGUUGUUUAUGCUGCAGGUCUAUAAGAUGUGACCCCUCAUUUCUUUCUUGUCAUGCAAAUGUUCGUUGAUGAUAAAAGUUUCUUGUACUCUA